AAAGCUCCAUAGCGCCACUGAUUCACUGCUGAGGGAACAACAGCCGCCAUUGAUCCCGUCCUUCCGCUGAUUGGGUGGGUUGUUCCUCGAAACUUGCGCAACCGGCCAACCCGACAGCGCGGAGCGCUGCGCGGAACUGUCCAUUCCUUGCUCCUCGUCCUUGGCGGGAGGAAGGAUUUUACCUCUAUCGUGGGUGGUUGGUUGGCUAAAAUCUGGGCUUGUCGUCGUUCGUUCUCAUUAUUCCUUCACAGCUUCGAUCACUAGCCCGUCUAUUUUCACCACAAUCUCUUGUCCUACAAGUGUUCGAGGUCUGUUAAGGUUGGUAGCUCCAUACGCACUAAGCUCGCGCUGUGUUGCCUCCGGUUAUUGGACUAGUCGACCCUUAUUUGACUAGUUGACUCUUGGUAAAUAGUCAACCCUUCUGCGCAAAUGGCUACAGCCGCGGCUGCACUCGCCUCUAACGCCGGCGUCGCGAACGCCGUCAACUCGCUUCCUAGCCAAACCUCCUCUCCCCGACCCCAGCUUCCCUCCUUCGCCUCCCUACCUCACCUCUCUGGCUUUAAAGGCCGACAAGUAGCCGUUAAAGCCCAUGCCGCUGUGCUAAGUCCAGGUCAAGCGCCUCGCAGCGGCGUACAGGCGUCGAAAGUGGAGAGCGAUGGCGAGAACUGGUGGGAGAAGAACAUGCCGCCCAACAUGAGGGACCUCAACUCCACGCAAGAAUUCGUGGAGGCGCUAGGCGAGGCGGGGGACAAGCUGGUCGUGGUUGAGUUCUUCGGCACCUGGUGUGGAGCCUGUCGAGCCUUGUAUCCCAAGCUCUGCAAGCUAGCCCUGCUGUACCCGGACGUCUUGUUUCUGAAGAUUAACUUCGACCACAACAAGCCGCUCUGCAAGAGCCUCAACAUCCGCCUGCUCCCCAUGUUCCACUUCUAUCGAGGAGCCGAGGGCCGCCUAGACGCCUUCUCCGCCUCCAUUGCCAAGAUCCAGAAAUUGAAGGACGCCCUUGCAACCCACAGCACAGACCGAUGCUCGUUGGGCCCACCGACUGGUCCUGAGCUGAUCCUCCAUCCCGAUGCACCCGUUGCUGCUCCUGCUGCAUCUGGAUCAUCAUGAACAAACGUCCAGUAGAAACUCACUUCAUUAUUCGUUAAUGUUAUAUUCACUGUCUAUUGUAGUUUGAUUUGCGCUUCAUUGAGCACGCUAUUGCGUCACAUGCAGUACAAGGUUUAUCAGUGAUUGGAUGAAGGUAAGUUGUGUUGAUGAAAUUCGUAGGAGGGUAUGCACACUAACGUGGUGUGUCUAUCGUGAGUGUGAUAUGUAA